GACACUCAGCAAGCGGGGUCGUGGGAACAGCGCGAUCAAGUGACUUUUCAGCAAACUUCGGUGGAGCAGAGCGCUGCUCGAGCACGCGAGACAUAGAAGAAGCGCACGAGCUGGAAACUUGACGAAAUGUAACGGAUUCGGGUUGGUUUAUUUGAGGUGUGUGUGUGUGUGUGUGUGUGUGUGUGUGUGUGUGGAGGCAUGGCGGAGAGAGCGCGCGUCUGAAUGAACGGAGUUGUCCGACAUGCCCGAGGAUGUUGCGCUCAUUAGGAACAGGACAGGAGCGACGCAGGGUCACGCGUGGGGCGCCGAGGUGUUGCCCGGAGAUGGAGGCGGCGGCGGCGGCGCGCGACCGGGACCGACAUGGCAAGUGGCUGUGCUCGCGAGUGUGUUGAUCUUCACGAGCGUGGUGGACGUGUUGGGAAACACGCUGGUCAUUGUGUCCGUGCUCAGGAACCGAAAACUGAGGAACGCAGGUAAUGCAUUUGUGGUGAGCCUGGCAUUGGCAGAUCUAUUGGUGGUGUGUUAUCCGUACCCGCUGGUCCUUCACGCGCUGCUGCACUCCGGCUGGCUGCCUGGUGAGACAGAGUGUAAAGUUAGUGGCUUUCUUAUGGGUGCCAGCGUCAUUGGCUCUGUCUUCAACAUCACAGCUAUUGCCCUCAACCGCUACUGCUUCAUCUGCCAUGCCCACACUUACGCCAAAGUGUAUGGCCGAGGUGGCACGCUGGCUCUAAUCACACUUGUGUGGGCUCUAACGGGCAUCGCCAUACUACCCAAUCUCGCACUGGGGUCACUGACGUAUGAUCCUCGCGUGUAUUCUUGCACUUUUAGCCAAACUGCGAGUGCCGGUUACACCUUCGCCGUGGUGUUCGUUCACUUCCUGUUUCCAAUUGCCAUCGUAGCAUUCUGCUAUGCACGAAUCUGGAUGCUAGUGCUGAGCGUGAGACGGCGAGUGGCUAGCGACACGAGGCCACGCCUCCGGCCGAGUGAGUUCCGCCAUUUCCUCACCAUGUUCGUCGUCUUUGUGCUAUUCGCCGUCUGCUGGGCACCGCUCAAUCUGAUUGGCCUAGCCGUUGCCAUGGAUCCACCCAAAGUGGCACCACUGGUUCCUGAUUGGCUCUUCGUUGUCAGCUAUUUUAUGGCGUAUUUCAACUCGUGCCUCAACGCCGUUGUAUACGGGCUGCUCAAUCAGAACUUCCGGCGUGAGUAUCGGUGCAUCCUGAUGUCACUCUGCAAGCCCCGCCUCUUUCUGCAGGAUACAUCGAGGGGUGGAACAGAGCGAAGCAACAAGCAAUCGCAGGGUAACAACAACAACGAUCAGGCAAAAGCCCAGACUAUUUAACGAUCCAGGAAUAUCAGAGUACAAUUAUGGAUACACAUUAGCAAUAUAGCAUAAGACAUUUCCUAUCCAGUAAUUCCCCAGCAGAACAUGGACACAACGAGAGAGUGGGACAGAGAGUCAGCAACACCAUUCCAAUAACAUUCGGCAUUAUACACUCUUCAGUACUGUUACUGCAAAAGAUGGUGGAAAGAGACCUAGCUAAAGCAAAUCAGUAAUGCUGAACCAAUUUCUAAUUUCUAUAUCUAACAAAAGAGCAUCAGUAAUGCUACACUAACAGGUACAACAUUAGCUAUGCCUAACAUCCAUUUCACCAAUCGGACGCAGAGACUAUUUAACUCCAAUAAUGACAAAAUUUACAAACUAAAACUAUGAGAAGGUAGACUGCAUACCUACUGUAGCUACAGUGUUCUUCUUAACAGCAACACAAUGCUGAGAGCCAAUCUUGCCAAAAGAAAAUGGUGAGAGAAAAGGUUGAGGCCAAACAAACUUUUCCUUCCAGUAGCUAACAAAAAACAGUCUCCUCAAUGCCAGUUAACCAUUCUAAAACGGUUGCACCACUUACCCACUUACAAGUACGUGUAAAAUGCUCUGUUAGCAUCGUACAAUUGCUCAUUUCUCAUUUUAAUGGUUCUGAUUCGGUUUAUGAGUCUUUCACUUGUAAAGGAAAAGACCAGGCAUUGAAUUUGCAGGAAAAGAAAAGCCAUUUUUCCCCAACUCCACAUUACAGCUAUGCUCUUUUACUACAGUAUCUGCAGUUUACAGGCCAAACGUGACCCUUAAAAGACUCCAUUUCAUGAGCAUUUUCAUGUCCUCUGAGUCAUGACCUUUUACACUACAUUAACUCAGUUCAACAGAAGAACUCAUGUUGAAACAGCGAAACAGUUUCGUCCCGGUGCUAUUAUUGUUGUUUUCUUUUGGGUGUAACAAUAAUCAUUAGUAGUUUUUACCAACUAAGAAAACUGUGACCAUUUCAAGUCGCUCAAGUGAUUAAGAUUUCUAAAGUUAAUAGCUCAUUUGAAACCUUGCAGCUUCGAAAUUGACAUAUUAGCUAAGUGAAAUGAAUUUGAAACUCGAUUUUAAAGACAUCGGGCUUUGCUUAUUUAUUUAUUUAUUUAUUUUUGUAAAGUUGUGUGUGAAUGAUUUGUAAGCCGAACCGAACAAAACAUUUUAGCAACGCUGAUUUUCCUCAUACUUCAUACACAAUUUACAUUUGGUGACACCCACAAAAUUCCAUAAAAGGAUAAGUGUGGUCUGUGCUGAAUAUUUCAGUAAUGCAACUCAGCCAUUGCAGUAGGUCAGCUACCAUAGACACACACUAACUCUUCUUUCUUCUCUAGGGUGCCAUUACUUUUGUCCUAAUUGAAUGGUUAGUCUUAUUUGUCUUAAUCAUUUGCAGGAGAUCUCUUAUAAUACGAAUGUUUUCCCGAACUAACUGGAUUUUUACAAAUACCACGGUAAAUUUUCCCACAAAAGAUUUAUGAAUAAAUUAUUUUGUAUCCAGUCUCAGAAAUGAAGCCCAAUGUGAAACAAAUAUAACAUGAACUGUAGCAAAACAAACAUAGCAUUUCUGUCAAAUAAAAUGCACUAGUAUAGGAAAAGCUGCACCUUAAGAUCAUAAAAUCAUCAAUAAUUUGUUAGCAAAGUUUGUACUUACCACUGUUGCUACCAGUGAUGCUUUAAAAGUCACUUGUGUAUUUUGCAUAUAAUUCCUGCUUUAGCGUUCUGCUACUUCAUUUUGCCCUAAUGGUGGGGAAACUGUUAUAACUAACUGAUAAAUGCACAUUCUAAAUUUAAAUUAUAUUCACCCCAGGGAUCCAAUCAUUUUAUACGUCUACUGCAGCAUUAGCAGUUUGGCUAAACUAAAGAGAACUUCAGCUCAUUUAUUAGUAUUCAUUCCCCCCAGCGCCCUUCCAUAUUCCAUAACUGAAAUUCUGCAUGAGUGCUGUGUAAAUCUGAACUCAGCAUUUACCCUGCAUUGAAAUCAUUUCUAUAAUGUUUGCUCACAAUUUCUAGCUAAUCCAAAAUGCUACAAAGAACACUUACUGCUUAUUUUUGCAUAAACCUCAAGUCCCAAAUUGAGAUUAAGGAAAACAAUUUAUUAUCGUUAGAAUUUUACAAGAGCAGAAAAAGUGUUAAACCACAAGAAGUGGCCCAACUUUCUGACAGCAAUAUGCUAGUUUAAUUCUGCUAAUCAUAAUUGCGCACAAAACUUUCAUCAUAGCCAAAAAAAUUGUUUUUUAAAAUAGUACGGAUAAUCUGAAAUCAUAAAUAAAGGUUUUACACACUAGUAAAAUAACUUGGAAAUGUUCAAGCAGAGCAAAUAAUUGUGCUAAUGUCUAUAACCUACUUCUGUAUAUGUGUAUGUGUGUGUGUGUGUGUGUGUGUGUGUGUGUGUGUGUGUGUUUGUGUGUCAGGUUUAAUUUUAAAUAUGGGGACCACAUGAACACCUACAAAGUAGGGACUUUUGAAAAGCAGAGCUAUUCCUUACAUCUUUUAUUUUUGACCAUCCUUGCAGUGUGAUAUCCGUGUGUGUGUGUGUGUGUGUGUGUGUGUGUGUGUGUGUGUGUGUGUUAGCUACCGAAGACUUUGAACUGUGAGCUCUUAACUCUUUUUAUGUUAAUGUGCCUGAUGUUAAAAAGCCUCAAACAUGUCACUUCUGCAAAAGCAAAUUCCAUAAAUGCCUCAAAUUUACAAAAUUACAUUUAAUUACAUUUAUUACAUCUAUUUAAGCCUCAAAGUCAAACCAGUUAAACUGUGUUAAAGCUUUUGCAACAGCGUGGAUGUUAAGACUGAACUCAGUGAA